AUGAAGCGUGCCAGGGUUGCACAGGACGGCAAGUGCUGGGCCUCUGGCUGGAACAGUGGCGGCCAGCUGGGCAUCGGCAAUGAGCAGGACGAGCCGAAUCCGGUGGAGGUGCUGAACUUAACGGCAUCGAUCGUUGCAGUUUCGGCGGGGCACAGGCAUUCUGCAGCAAUUUCUCACGAUGGUGACUUGUUCUUGUGGGGUGCCAACGCAGGAGGACAGCUUGGCACUGGCACCACAAGAUCAAGUCACACUCCUGUACUGGUUGAUAUUGAUGGCCACCGAGCCACAGCAGUGGACACCAGCUGGCACACAGUUGCUUUGACGGAAGAAGGAAAUUGCUUCACUUGGGGCUGGAACUGGUGCGGCCAGCUUGGCACCGGAAACACUGCAAAUGGGUACACGCCAUUUCGAGUAGACAUAGAUGGACAGAGAGUUGUGGCUAUCGCCGCAGGAUACGAGCACACGGCGGUAGUUACCUCCUCUGCUCAAGCUUGGGCUUGGGGGUCCGACGCCUACGGCCAGCUUGGAGCCGGCAAGCUCCCUCGUAAUCACCUCCUGCCUGUCAGGAUGCAAAUAUCUAAUGCGAUCUCUGUUUCGGCAGGCUCGUGGCACACGCUCCUUGUCACUGCUGCGGGCGUGUGUGUGUCCACCGGGUACAAUGCCGAUGGACAACUUGGCCUUGGCGACUUUCUCAAAAGGAGCGAGCCGACAGAGGUGCAUCUCGAGGGGGAGAGGGUGGCAGCGACUGCUGCAGGAGAAUUUCACAGCGCAGCUCUUUCCCAACAUGGCGAUUUGUGGCUUUGGGGCUGGGGGAAGGCCUGGCCACAAAAGCUGAGAGCUCCUGAGCGCUUCUCGUCCAUUGCUGCCAACUCCAAGCUGACCUUGGCCAUUUCGGAGACAGGACGAUGGUGGUCUUGGGGCACAGACAAGGCACCGGCCUUACCGGCCUUGGUUGAAGACGCCCCGCCGGCGAAGACAGGAGUUGCAGAGUUCGGCCACGUGCCCUUAUGUUGGCCUCUGCACAAGCCAGCUCCAACUGCCAUGCUUGGAGAAGUCUUCCAUGCGGCUUUGGAUACCGAGGGCUUCUCGGCGCUUCCCUGCUCUGGUCUGCGGCUGUGGGUGUCGCUUCUUUUGCAAGGGAGCCCCUGCCCUCUUUAUGUCGGAGCUUCUGAAGCAGAUGUGUGUCCGGAGGGCUACUUUUGCCCUCCCGGGCAGGCCUGCGCAGUUGAGUGCCCGGCUGGCACCAGCUGUAAUGCCGGCUCUGCAGCGCCGCAGCCGUGUCCACGGGGCCUCAGCUGUCCACCCGGGAGCUUUGAUGGAUCGCAGUCCUUGGAGGUGAGACGAAGUGUCGGCGCCAUGUUUACAGUCGUGGCACUGACGCUUUGUGCCUGUGCUGUCGGCCUGCAGCUACUCUCAUUGAAGAUCUCGGAGCGCUAUCGUGGGAUGUACACUGUUGAAGGAGAUGAUUUUGAAGAUUACAUUCUCAUCGAGUGA